AUGGAAAUUAUUGAGAAAGUGCGAAACGUAAACGAAGAAGACGACACCCAGGCUUCCAUAACACUCACCGAGGGGCAAGAGGAGCGCAUGGAGGAGAGAGUUAAUGGCAUAACCAGAGUUUUUGUACAAGAUGUAGAAAUAUUCAGAGCGAAAGCAGUUGGGCGAGUGCUGUUUGAACAAGUAUGCAAGCAAUUGCAUCUGCUAGAAGCUGAUUAUUUCGGUCUAGAAUACCAAGAUCUUACUGGUACAAAGUACUGGUUGGAUCUGCAAAAACCGAUAUCGCGCCAACUCGGACUUUCACUAGUCGAUCCACUCUUACACUUCUGUGUUAAAUUUUACACGCCCGAUCCUGCGCAACUCGAAGAAGAGUACACCCGUUACCUCUUCUGUUUGCAAGUGAAGAGGGACUUAUGCCAUGGCCUUCUUCAAUGUAACGACAACACGGCCGCGCUCAUGGCAAGUUACAUCGUACAGGCAGAAUGCGGCGAUUACGUUUCCGAGGACUAUCCCGAUCACACCUACUUAUCUAGUUACAAAUUUGUGCCGCACCAAGAUCCAGAAAUGGAAAGGAGAAUAAUGGAAAACCACAAAAAGCACGCUGGCCAAUCACCUGCCGAAGCGGAUUUAAAUCUUUUAGAAACUGCGAGAAGAUGCGAGCUGUACGGUAUGAAAAUGCACCCGGCUAAGGAUCACGAAAAUGCGCCCUUAAAUUUAGCAGUGGCCCAUAUGGGAAUUGUGGUUUUUCAGAAUUACACAAAAAUAAAUACAUUCUCAUGGGCGAAAAUUAGGAAAAUAUCUUUUAAACGUAAAAGAUUUCUUCUAAAAUUACACCCGGAGGGAUAUGGUUACAAAGAUAUAGUCGAAUUCUUUUUCGAAGGAAGGAACGAAUGUAAAAAUUUCUGGAAGAAAUGUGUAGAAAAUCAUGGGUUUUUUCGGUGUUCGUCGGUUAAAGCGCCAUCGCGUCAUAAAACACGUGUACUUUCAAGAGGAAGUUCAUUUAGGUAUAGCGGCAGGACUCAAAAACAAAUAGUGGAAUUCGUUAGAGAUAAUUACGUAAAGAGGCAAGCAUUCCAAAGGUCAGCAUCAUUCCGUCAUUCUAGUACACAUUCAAGUGCAACGAACAUGCACACCAGCACAGUUGGAAAUAGCAUUUCUGCGCAUCCGCUGUUGCCACUUGCCAACAGUACUUUAAGUGUGGGAGUGUCCAAACUAUCAGCUUCACUGGGAUCGAUGGACAUAACUGCAGAAACACCGGCUUCUCCGACGACGAAAUCAGCCUCUCUCCCCCACGCCACAGUUAUAUCUUGGAGCUCGGUCCCCGACAAGCGGCCUAUCAUACCGUAUGCUCAGACGACGACAUCGCCUUCACCUCCUCUGACGACGCAAUCGGUUUCCUCGGCAACUUCUGCGACUAUGAGCCCGCAGCAUGCGCAGCACGAGGAUCAGAACCUGCCGGGCUACAACAACAGCAAUUUGCCGGUCGCCGUUCUCGCAGCAGUUCACAGGGACGACACAGAGAAGGGAAAGGUCGAGUCCAACAACAAGGAUGAGACUCUGAUAUCGGAAAAUAAUAAUUCCGUUUACACGACGUCGACGCCCAAUUCGAAGAUAAACGGUCAUGCGACAAACUUCAUCUAUGACCGUUGGAAGGAGAAUAACGAGAAUGACACGAAAUGUCACGACUUCAGCGAGGUUACGAAUCUAUCGAAGGAGCAAUACUUAAAUUCGAUCAACGCGAAUACGCCGAUCAACAAAGCGAACAUUACAAUUAUUGCUGAUAUUGAGGGGGAAGUAAGGAAGAAGUCAAGGUUUGCAUCCGAUAAGUCUUAUUAUAUUGCCAAGGAGAUUUUGUUGACCGAGGUGACUUACAAGAAAGAUCUGGAUGUUAUUAAUGUGUGGUUUCGUGAUGAAGUAGCAAAAGAGGAGGCGGAAGAAUGUUCAAUGUUAUUGACCCUAAUUGCGCCAUUAGCCCAAGCUCACGGUUUACUAGUUAGAGACUUAGAACAGAGACUUCAAAAUUGGGACGGACAGGGUGGUCCAAAGUCAGGAUCGGGACGUAUCGCCGAUGUAUUGCUAACCCAUCUACCUCCCCUACUACCGAUUUACGAAGAAUACCUAGACGGUCACAUUUCCGUUUUGGAACGGCUCGAUCAGGCGUUUAAACAGAAUAAUCACUUCGAGCAACUCUAUCGUGAUUUCGAAACUCAAAAAGUUUGUUACCUUCCGUUCACCGUCUUUAUUCUUAAACCUCUACACAGACUCCUACAAUAUCAGAAUUUACUUCAAAGACUUUUAAAACAUUACGGAUCUACUCAUCCCGAUCGAGCAGACUGUCUGACGGCGAAUGACAUGUUAAAAGAACUAAUGCAUCCUGUUGUAGUAACGCUGGCGCAUUCCGAAAAUUUGGCAACGUUAUGCGAAUUACAAAGAGAUAUUAGUGGCUUUGAUAAUAUUGUACAACCCGACCGUAAAUUCAUCAGGCACGGUUGUUUACUCAAACAUUCCAGGAAAGGGUACCAGCAAAGAAUGUUCUUCCUGUUUUCGGAUAUCUUAUUGUACACUUCACGAUCUCCUGUUUCUCUUGAAUUUAAGGUACACGGCCAUAUGCCGUUGCGUGGGGUUUUGUUGGAAGAACCCGAGGGUGAUUUAGCUAGUUAUGGAUUUAUAAUCUAUGGAGGUAAUAGAGCGUUAAUGGUCGCUGCAAAUUCUCAAGAAGAAAAGGACUGCUGGAAGGAAGACAUGCAGAACGCCAUUCAGCAGGCUAGGGAUAAAACAGAUACGAAAAUUACGUAUUUAAGUUUAAAGAGUUGUAGUUCGUCAGAUGAAAUUGUGGAUCAAUGUGGUAAAGAUAUUGGAACUCAAACGACAAAACCAUCAACUCAACGUAGCAAUACGACCGUUCACGUUUGUUGGCAUAGGAAUACUAGUCUUAGCAUGGAGGAUCAGCUCAUAGCUAUGCAGAAUCAAUUAUCUGGAUACCUAUUGAGAAAGUUUAAGAGUAGUAACGGAUGGCAAAAAUUGUGGGUGGUGUUUACAUCAUUUUGCUUAUUUUUCUAUAAGGGUUGCAUGGAUGAAUUUCCUUUAGCGUCUUUGCCACUGUUGGGGUAUUCAAUUGGAACACCGACAACAGAUGAUAAUAUUGGCAAAGAGUUUGUAUUCAAAUUGCAGUACAAAAAUCAUGUGUACUUCUUCCGAGCAGAAUCUGAAUAUACAUACAAUAGAUGGAUGGAAGUAAUAGGCACUGCUACGCAAUGUAAACACAAAACCCGGCACAAUGUACUAAAUGAAAAUUCAAUCGAAAAAUCACCAGACAAUUAAGACCGAAGGUCUUAAGAACGUAGUCUACCAGUGUACUUAGGCAGCGAAGCUUAGUUAUAUGGUAACUAACCUGUAAUAAAACUACUUAUUCUCUUUCCGUCGAUUAUAACAAAAAAUUGAAACAGUUUAACAAAAAAUAAGCACUUUUGGUUUGUGAAUAUUAGUGUACCAGUUGGACCAAUUAUUAAUGUGAUAAAGUGGUACUUUGUACCUAUUCAUAUCGUUUUAUGAACUUGCAAUAAGAAUGGAGUGUACAUUGUUAACUAUUAAACAAAAAUGGCUGUGCCAUUAUGGUAUUUGUUCAAUAAUCAGUAUUUAAAAGGCGCAUUCUAUACUUUUGUUAUUUAAGUACUUAUAUACUCUAUUUAACUCCGUAAAUAGACUGAAUUGACUUCA